AUGAGGAAGAUGAGGACCCUCCUUCGCUUUGUGCAUUGCUGCUGCUGCUGCUUCUUGCUCCUCCUGCCUCCGCCGCUCUGGGUCAGCCUGGCAGCCGCUAAGCAGCUCCUGAAGUACCGGUUGGCAGAGGAGGGACCCGCCGACAUCCGCAUCGGCAACGUGGCUUCCGACCUGGGGAUCGUAACGGGCUCCGGAGAGGUGACAUUCAGCCUGGAGUCGGGCUCCGACUAUCUCAAGAUCGAUAACAUGACCGGGGAGCUGAGCACCACAGAGCGGCGCAUCGACCGCGAAAAGCUGCCGCAGUGCCAGAUGAUCUUCGACGAGAACGAGUGCUUCUUGGACUUCGAGGUGUCGGUCAUCGGCCCCUCGCAGAGCUGGGUGGACCUCUUCGAGGGCCGGGUCAUCAUCCUGGACAUCAACGACAACACCCCCACCUUCCCUUCCCCCGUCCUCACGCUCACCGUGGAGGAGAACCGGCCCGUGGGGACCCUCUACCUCCUGCCCACCGCCACCGACAGGGACUUCGGCCGCAACGGCAUCGAGCGCUACGAGCUGCUGCAGGAGCCCGGCGGGGACGGCGGCCGGCGAGGCGGCGGGGGCGGCUCGGCCGCGGCGGCCCCCGAGAGCGCCCCCUACCCCGGCGGCAGCAAGCGGCGGCAGGAGGCGGAGGCGGCGGCCCGCAGCAGCGUCUUCGAGCUGCAGGUGGCCGACACCCUGGACGGGGAGAAGCAGCCGCAGCUGAUCGUCAAGGGGGCGCUGGACAGAGAGCAGCGGGACUCCUACGAACUCAGCCUCCGAGUGCGGGAUGGCGGCGACCCGGCACGGUCCUCGCAGGCCAUCCUGAGGGUGCUGAUCACCGACGUGAACGACAACAGCCCCCGCUUUGAGAAGAGCGUCUAUGAGGCUGACCUGGCGGAGAACAGCAGCCCUGGGACCCCGAUCCUGCAGCUGCGAGCCACCGACCUGGACGUGGGAGUGAAUGGGCAGAUCGAGUACGUCUUCGGGGCAGCCACUGAGUCCGUCAGGCGCCUACUGCGGCUGGACGAGACCUCGGGCUGGCUCAGCGUCUUGCACCGCAUCGACCGGGAGGAGGUGAACCAGCUUCGCUUCACUGUCAUGGCCCGAGACCGGGGCCAGCCCCCCAAGACAGACAAGGCCACUGUAGUGCUGAACAUCCGGGAUGAAAAUGACAACGUGCCCACCAUCGACAUCCGGAAAAUCGGGCGCAUCCCGCUCCGGGACGGGGUGGCAAGCGUGGCCGAGGAUGUGCUGGUGGACACCCCCAUUGCCUUGGUGCAGGUGUCAGACCGGGACCAAGGUGAAAAUGGUGUGGUGACCUGCACCGUGGUGGGCGAUGUGCCCUUCCAGCUCAAACCAGCCAGUGAGGGUGAAGGGGAGCCACAGAAUAAGCGCAAGUAUUUCCUCCACACUUCGGCCCCUCUGGAUUAUGAAGCUGUCCGUGACUACAAUGUGGUGAUUGUGGCUGUGGACUCAGGCAGCCCCAGCUUGUCCAGCAACAACUCCCUGCUGGUGCGGGUUGGGGACACUAAUGAUAACCCUCCCAUGUUCAGCCAGGCUGUGCUGGAGGUCUCCUUUCCAGAGAACAACUUGCCUGGUGAGAGGGUGGCCACAGUGGUUGCCACAGAUGCAGACAGUGGCAAGAAUGCUGAGAUCACCUAUUCCUUGGAGGCUUCGCCCCUCUCCUCAGAGGCACCGGGCAGCAUCUUCAGUAUUGACCCUGACUCUGGGGAUGUGUCGGUGCAGGCAGUGCUGGACCGCGAGCAACGUGACACCUACGAAUUUCAGGUGACAGCUCGGGACAAGGGGGUGCCAUCACUGCAGGGCUCCACCACAGUGGUGGUGCGAGUGUCGGACCGCAAUGACAAUGAACCGCGCUUCAUGCAGGAUGUGUUCACCUUCUAUGUGAAAGAAAACCUGCAGCCCAACAGCCCCGUGGGCAUGGUGACUGUGAUGGACUUUGACAAAGGCCGCAAUGCUGAGCUCAGCCUCUCCAUCCAGCCCGGAGAUCACGACCAGGCAGCUGGCAUCUUUUCCAUUGAGAAUGACACCGGAACCAUUUUCUCCACUGUCUCUUUUGACCGUGAGCAGCAGACCAGCUACACCUUUAAGGUGAAGGCAGUGGAUGGGGGUGAGCCACCACGCUCUGCCACAGCCACCGUGUCUCUCUUUGUGAUGGAUGAGAAUGACAAUGCACCCACUGUCACCUUCCCCAGCAACAGCUCCUACACUGUGCUGCCACCCUCCAGCAACAUGCGCACCGUGGUGGCCACAGUAGUCGCCACCGAUGCUGACACCGGUCUCAAUGCUGACCUCAACUACAGCAUUGUUGGGGGUAACCCCUUCAAACUCUUUGAAAUAGACCCGGCCAGUGGUGUGGUGUCACUGGUGGGCAAGUUGGCCCCCAAGCACUACGGCCUGCACCGCCUGGUUGUGCAAGUGAAUGACAGUGGGCAGCCACCCCAGUCCACCACUGCUCUGCUCCACGUCUUUGUCAAUGAGAGCCUGUCCAACGCUACUGUGGUGGAGAGCCAGGUGGCCCGUAGCCUUCACACCCCACUGGCCCAGGACAUUGCUGGUGAUCCCAGCUAUGAGUUGAGCAAGCAGAGGCUUAGCAUAGUCAUUGGUGUGGUGGCUGGCAUCAUGACAGUCAUCCUUCUUAUCCUGGUGGUGGUCAUGGCCCGCUACUGCCGAUCCAAGGGCAAGCAUGGCUAUGAGGCCGGCAAGAAGGACCACGAGGAUUUCUUCACACCUCAGCAGCACGACAAGGCCAAGAAGCCCAAGAAGGACAAGAAAGGCAAGAAGGGCAAGCAGCCCCUCUAUAGCAGCAUUGUUACCGUAGAGGCUUCCAAGCCCAACGGGCAGCGCUAUGACAGCGUCAACGAGAAGCUCUCGGACAGCCCCGGCAUGGGCCGAUAUCGCUCGGUCAAUGGUGGCCCGGGCAGCCCCGACCUGGCCAGGCACUACAAGUCGAGCUCACCGCUGCCCACCGUCCAGCUGCACCCACAGUCCCCCACCGCUGGCAAAAAGCACCAGGCUGUGCAGGACCUGCCCCCAGCCAACACCUUCGUGGGCGCUGGCGACAACAUCUCCAUCGGCUCGGACCAUUGCUCCGAGUACAGCUGCCAGGCCAGCAGCAAGUACAGCAAGCAGGUGGAUACAGUGCAGACUACGCAGCACCCUGGCCACAUUGAGGAAUCAUGUAAAAUGAAUCCGUUUCGUAGAGUGACGUUUUCUGUUGUGAGUCAGCCUCAGGACCCGCAUCAAGGGUCAUUGCAGAGUUGCUAUGACAGCGGUCUGGAGGAGUCAGAAACACCAAGCAGUAAGAGUUCAUCAGGGCCAAGACUGGGUGCCCUUCCACUCCCAGAGGACAACUACGAAAGGACUACGCCGGAUGGCAGUGUUGGUGAGGCAGAGCAUAUGGAAAAUGAUUCACGGCCUCUACCAGAUGUAGCCCUAACAGGGAAGUGCACCCGAGAAUGUGAUGAAUAUGGCCACUCAGACUCCUGCUGGAUGCCAGUCCGUACUUCUCCGGAGAGAAAGCAGAAGAGCCAGCCAAAACUCUCCACUUUCAUGCCUGUAGAUGAACGGGGCAGUCAGGAAAAGCUGGCCAAUGGAGAAGCCUCCCUCAUGGGUGAUCGCAACAGAAACCUCCUUAACAAAAAGUUGACCUCAUCCUAUGAGACCUUCAGCGCAGCUAGUUUCAGCAAAAAUGAAGAAGGCAAUCCAGAGGAUAUCCCCCUUACACAGACAGGGGAAUACAAGCCAUCUCCUGUCAAUACUCUAACUAGAAGAGAAGUUUACCUGUAG